AUGGCACCUCUGCUGCCCCCUGUUGGUUCAAAAGUCUACAGACGCUUCACGCCAGCCUCGUUGGAGAAAAUCCAACAACGACAUGAGGAGGAGGAGGAGGAAAAGCAGAGAAGGAAGGAGAAAAACAUAGAGGUAAUCACUGGGAGUGAUAUUUCAGGAACUUUUACAUGACAUCUCUCUGAUUGGCUGUGUGUGUGAUUGACAGAUACCAGAGGAAAAUCUUCCAAAACCUGCCAGUGACCUCGAGGCUGGGAAGGCCGUCCCAUUCAUCUAUGGCGAGCCACCCUCCGAACUUCUUAACACCCCAUUGGAGGAGCUUGAUCCUUUUUACCAAUCACAGAUGGUCUCUCUGUUUAAACAUUAGCAGUUUUUUCAAUAAUAUAAUACAACAGAAUAUUUGUCUUUUUCUCUCACAUUUUAGUCACCAUAGGAGGAGCUUUUUAGAUGAUUAAUAAGAAAAAAGUGAGAGGAGGAAGCUUUUUUUCACUAGACCUGUCUGACUUCCUGUUCCCUGUCUCUGCAGACCUUCAUCGUGCUUGGUAAAGGAAACGUUAUCUACAGGUUCAAUGCCGAGCCGGCCUGUUACCUGCUAAGUCCAUUCAACCCUCUGAGGCAGAUAGCCAUAAGGAUCCUCAUUCACUCAUAUCCUUUUUGA